AUGCUCAAUUUCUUAUUUAUUUAUACAUUUUCUGCGAAUUCAACGGUCACUCCAUCACCUACAAAAAUUACACCAUCUCCUACACAAGUUGUUACUAAAACUCCAUCUCCAACACCAAAUAUAACUAAUUCUCCAGAAAAAACACCAGCUCCAUCACCAAAUGCUACAAAAAUACCAGAUAGAACACCACUUCCAACAUUACAGCCAACAUCACCUCCUGCAACAAAAAUUAUCACACCAUCCGCAACAGAAAAGCAUGAAGAAGUAAUAACAACUACACCAUCCCUUGAACCAACAAUUGAUGUACCAACACCAAAUGUUCCAACACCUCUACCGACAUAUAAUUCAUAUUCUCAGGAAGCCUUUAUAACUUUCUUACUAAUAAUAGUUUUGGCUGCUAUUGGUAUUAUCAUUUUAUACAAGAAACAUAGAAAUGCUGAAGAUAAUGAAAUCGAAUAUACAAGAGCCAUCAUUGGUGACGAUGCGUUUGAGUUUAGCCAAAUGGAUACUAUCUAG